GCCGCCCACACACACACAUCUCCUCAUCCUAACCAGCCCUUCACAGCGCACAUCGCUUCGCUUCCAGACAUGAUCUUAGAUGUACAGUUCGCGACAGGAAUUACAGUCAGCUCUCUAAAAUGAUUUAGCGAGUUUGUUGAGAGCCCACUGCUCUACUCUCAGGGAUUCUCUUCUUGGAAUCUUCUCUGUCUACAGGCCAGCUUGCAUUCCUGAACCCUCCCUGUACAAAUCAUACACCAUCUUUUCUGCCAUGAAAGGCCUCUCCAGUAGCCAGAGCCAUCAUCACCUGGUCUCCUAUGACCAGUCAGAAGCGCCGCUGGGUCAUCACCACCAUGACCGCAAGUUGUAUUUGUUCAGCCAGAUGGACAUGUCAACACCCCUUCCCGUUCAGUUUCCCCACCCAGCCGAGAUUCCGUACCAUAAUUCCCACCAUACUUUGCAACAUUGUGACAGCGGCAGCCUAAUUCCAUAUGGAACCUACCCAAGGAGGUGCCUCUCAACUUCAUCUUCUCACAACCCUGAGGUAAAAGAUGAAGUGAUGGCUGUGGUGCCAUAUGUAGGCCGAGGUGGAGGAGGUAAAUGGAGUAAAAACCCAGCCAGGGCAUCAACCAAUUUGGAGCGGUCCGAGUGCCAGUCAGCAUUUCCGAGGGAUGGCUAUCAUACACUGCAGUACAAACAUAUGUCAGGACCCACUGUGGGAAUCGGGUCUAACAGCAACAACAACGACAGCCCCGGAAGAAUCCGUCAUUUGGUCCAUUCAGUCCAGAAACUUUUUACAAAGUCCCACUCAUUGGAGGGCUCACACCAGUCAACAUCCCCAAAAGGGGGAAAUCAUGGGAACAUGAAUGGGGGAGGGGGUGUUGGUUGCAGAGUUGUAAGGACGAGCCGAGAGAGGGAAAGUCCAUCAGUGGGAGGACACCAACGGAAGCACAGUAAAAGUCAUGAACGCUGCAGAUCAGCAGAGCCCAAACAUCGUAGCCACCAUCAACACCACCACCAGCUCCAUGGCUCAGCAUCGGCACCUGGAUCAGGGUACUGGAGCUCUGAUGACAACCUAGAGCGGGACCUGUGCCUCUACAAACCCCUCCACCACCACCAUCAACACCCCUCUCCGCCGUCACCCUCCCCCUCGCCAAUGGUCAUGACAAUGGCAUGCCAUCCUAACAGCAACUCUGUCCUAAAUUCCUCCCUUUCCAACUCCCAAACUCAGCAGUACUUCAUGAUAGACCAUUAUGGAAAGCUCAAUGAGCAUAUACACCAUGGCCAUUCACACCAUCUCAAUGGUAUGUUUAAAUCCUCCAUGAGAAACCAUGAUGGCAACCCAGUCGCUAACAGCAGCAGCAACAGUGGCAUCGCAGAAGGAACACGCAGUGCCUUGCUCUCUUUGGGUCCUGCAGAAGCACCAGGGGUGAAGAAAGGUGCAUGGUCAUCAAGCCUAAUGGUGAGCAGGACCCAAGGGUUUGACAACCGCAACAUUUCCAGUCAGCCAUGUACAGCCGGCGCAGGAUCUGUUAACCUUAACCUAGAUAGAACGCUAGUCGAUUCAAAUGGCGGUCAGCAACAGGACCCGACUUGCCAUUUCCUACAGGUGCCACAGGAUGAAUGGAGCCCGUUCUCCCCGAUGGGUGAAGAGGAUGAUAUACCCUGCAGGCGGAUGCGGAGUGGCAGCUAUGUAAAGGCCAUGGCUGACGACAGUUGUGAUGACAGUGGAGACUCGGAUGGAAGCCCAAAGCUGUCCCCCAAGAUGCAGGCACGUCGGGCAAGCUAUCUGAAAGCCACGCAACCCUCGCUUACGGAGAUGACCACACUACAAAUUUCAACUGAGCACUCACCAAAGCUGCAGAUUCGGAGCCACAGCUACUUGCGGGCAGUGAGUGAGGUUUCAAUCAACAGAAGUGUAGACACUCUGGAUCCCAAAACCCUCCUCAACCCUAAAAUGCUGCUGUCGUCGCCACAAUAUCGCUCACGCAAUGAAAGCUACAUGAGAGCCAUGAGCACCAUCAGUCAGGUCAGUGAGCUGGAGGUGAAUGGGCAGAUCGAGCAGGUAUGUGAACAGGUCUUCAGGGAGAUGCAGUCCCAGGCUGUCGAGGCCAUGCCCAUGGAGUCACUGGAGUCCUUGCCCAUUCCGGGCAGUUUCCGGAUGCGCAGCCACAGCUACGUGCGGGCCAUGGAUCAGGGCUGCUCCCGGGAUGAGGAAGAGGAGGACGAGGGCAGUCGUUCUCUUCUACUACUUCCUGCCUCACCACCACGCACCACUGCCACUACAGUCAGGACCAUCCAGAGCAGCACAGUUUCAUCAUGUAUUACCACCUACAAGAAAACGCCUCCUCCAGUGCCACCCAGAACUUCAACAUGUUCAGUGACCUCCAAACCCUACAUCUCCAUUACAGCUCAGAGCAGCACAGAGUCAGCACAGGACGCCUACAUGGAGGAGGAAGGGCAAUCAGGCGACAUGAUCAUACAAUCCAGAUUAAGUAAUUCCACAGAGAGUAUUGACAGCAUGAAGGCCUUGACAGCAGCAAUUGAUGCUGCAAAUGCUCAGGUCCAUGGUCCUUCCAGCCAGCAUGUUAUCCAAAGCACUAUCACUGCAAGCCAUCCUUCCACCACAGCAUUGAACAGGGCCUGGAUUGCUAAUAACUACCAAGAUGAAUACAGUGAGAAUGUACACACCAAGAAGGAAGCCAUCGCGGGUGGGAAGUGUCUCUCCAUUGGGAUUCAGGUGGAUGGCCCUGAAGAAUGUCAGGAUUCAGAGAACACGUCAACAUUUACCUCCAUAGGGGUCCAGGUCGAGAACGACAGGGGGCAUCGCCGUAUUCAUCGCUCUAACAGUGUAACAGCAGCAGUGCAGACAGAUCUGGACUCACCAGACUUGGUGGAAACUCCUCAUCCUCAAUCCUCUAUCAACAUGGUCUUCACAUCCUCCGGCUCUCUCUCCGACCAGUACUCCCGGGAUGCUGCUUCCUCAACGGUCAGCAUUCAGGGUUCAGGGAACCACUACCAUGCUUGUGCUUCAGAUGACUAUGACGAUGUGGGCUUUGACCCAUCUAUCCUGCCCCCACCUGACCCCUGGAUAGACAGCGUGGCCGAUGAUCCAAUGCAGGUUGUCCAGCGAUCAGUUUGUCAGAGGGAUGGGCACUGGUUCCUGAAGCUUCUCCAGGCAGAAACCGACCGUAUGGAGGGCUGGUGUCGACAGAUGGAACUGGACCAACAGGCAAAUUACCUGACAAAUGACAUGCUGGGUAAAGUAAGAAGCGCAGUAGGAAGUGCCAAGCUGCUAAUGUCACAGAAGUUUCAGCAGUUCAGGAAGCUGUGCGAGGAGAAUCUGAACCCCAAUGCUCAUCCAAAGCCAAUGUCCUCCGACCUGGCUGGCUUCUGGGACAUGCUCCAGCUCUCCAUUGAGAAUAUCAGCCUUAAGUUUGAUGAGUUGCUCCAGAUCAGGGCUAACAACUGGAGGCCUUUGGACCCGCCUGAGAGGAAGGAGAUAUGGCGCCCGCCACCAGUCCAGAAGAAGCCUCCAAAGGGGCCCCAACACCACCACCCCCCCCUGGCCAGAGACCGAUCCCUGGAGAGCUCUGAGAAGCAGAAGCAGGAGGCACGGAAGCGCCUUAUGGCCGUCAAGCGAGCGGCCUCUGUGCGGCAGAACUCUGCAACUGAGAGCGCCGACAGCAUCGAGAUCUACAUCCCAGAGGCACAGACUAGACUAUGAGGAGAGAAUGGAUUGGCACUCGAUGUUGUCACACACUCACACACA